CCUCCAAUUAACACCAAAGAAGGAGAUGGAGAAGAUCACGAUGGCACCAAUCCACCAAUUAGAGACGACGGUGGUGGAAACCGGGAAAAUAAUAAAUAACAAGAAGACGGAAAAGAAAAGAAGUUCAUAUCAAACAACAGUGGAAUAACUAACGCUUUAUACGUGUAUUCUUUGUUUGCAAUAAUGGCUAUGUCUUGCAGGAAGUAUCACAUUUAGUGUUACAGGAAUGAUUUCUCUGAAUGCCCCGUAAAGCCACAAAGACAGAGAUGCCUCCCCUGCUGUUCCUGGAGCGGCCUGUGUGUGGAGCCAGACUCCAACAUGGGCCUGAAGUCAGAGCUGCACUCAACCCCAGAGAGUACUUCACUGAGACACAAGCACAGAGCAGCUCAGCUCUCACUUCUUGGGUGAGACCACAGUUUGACCGCUCAGUUGCAGCUGCACCUCCAGUGAGACGAGGUAGGAGGAGAAGAUGCCUCUCUGCCACGAGCAUCCUUGACAGUUGCAGUCAGCUGUCCAGGAAAAAGAGUGUGUGCAAAUUCCCCUCAUUACCUUUUCAGACAAGGUCAAGAGACCAAUCUCAUCAACCAAAGAGCACACACACUAAGAAAUCGACAGAGUCCACUGCUGUGUCUGACGCCGGAAAUCAACCACGGGGAUCGUCCAAAGUCAAAAGGACAGUUUCAAGUGCACAGCACUCAGACACACCGAAGAGACGGCAGACCUCAAUCAGAAAAAGGAGAGCGGAGGGAUUUUCCGAUGGUGCUGCAUCCUCCAGCAGAUGUUUGGACCAGCCUGAAACUUCAUCUAUUCGAUGUAGAAUUCCAGCAGAUGGUGUUUCAACACCUGCCUCCACCACUGAGGUCGGCCACGUCAGUCCACCACCUGAUGUGGACACUCCAAAAGGAAUUCAAGAAGGGAGUAGUUGUCCCUCCUCCACCUCUCCUCUACACUUGCUACAGGCCCCGCCAUGUACACCACCACAUAAUCAGCCACCUGACAUUUUGGUGGCGGACACACCAGAGAGGGAUUAUGGGGUGAAGGUGACAUGGAGGAGGAGGAGGGGGUUGAUGUUGUUGUUUAAAGAGAGGGGCCAUCUCUCUGAUUCAGAUACACUAAUUCACAGCUGAUGUAGAGAUUUGGUAAGAAGAGGAUUAAGCAAUGAUGUCAACAGGGAAGAGAUAUUACACCACUUCUGUGACCAGAAUUCUUUCUAUGAACUAUUUUUAACGCACCGAAUGGAGCUGCUGCAUUUAAAAGUGAUGAUCGUAUUUCAGUUCAUUGACUGUUUUCUUUGUUUCACUUCGAUUGAACAUCAUAAUGAUCAGCCAAGGAUAUUAUGAAAUAACUCUCACACCCACCUCCUCUGCACAGCCCUGGCAGUUAUCAUUGUAUGAAUCAAAUAAUGGACAAAUCAAAAUUGUAAUGAUAACAGCAAUAUCCAAGAAUCCAGAGUUUAUUUACUGAUCCCAAUUAUACUGUACUGUUACAGCUUUUGUUGCAAAUUAGAGGCAGUCUUUAUAUUCAAAUAUAGUCCUGACCUCUAGCAACACAAGCCUAUUUUUUUGUUAUUAUUAUGCUUCAUCAUUUUAAUGACAAAUAUAUGGAAAAAAGGUCAUGACUGUAACUGAUAUCACAUGCCAAAUAUCGAGCAAACACUAUAGAAUUGUCAAUGACAUGAAAUCUUGAGUCACUGGGGUGAUACAAGUGCUGCUGAAAGAUCAUGUGAACAGCUGUUGGUGAUUGUGAGCAAUGCUGUGUAACUUGAAACCAAAUUUCUCUUUCAAAUGUGUUGCAUAAAAUAUAUGGAAUAAAUUUUAGUCCAAAGAGCAAA